AUGCCCUACAUGUCUCCUCUACACGGAGAAGUCAUUAGUGAUAAAGGAAUACUCGGCCCAUCUUAUUUGAGCCGUGCCCGUCGAGAGACUGUCAACUUUCAAGCGGCACUAGUCGCUGGCAGGGAUGCUGGCACCGUUAAAGACGAAAGCAUCUGGGUCGAGAUUGGUGCUCACCCGAUUUGCUCUAAAAUGAUCAAAGCGGCCCUUGGUUCUCACAUACAUGCCCUUCCAUCACUUCGGCGCAAUGAAGACGCUUGGAAGGUGCUGGCCAAAAGUCUAUCGUCACUGUAUCUGGCCGGCCUCGAUAUUCAAUGGAAGGAAUAUCACCGGGACUUCAAACACGCCCUUAGGUACAGCAACGACUUUUGCCUUACUAAAGGAGACGAAAAGUCCGCGGCGAUCUCAGCUGCUCUCGUAUCCGCAAAUUCUAUGCUGUCUACGUCUUCGGUUCAGAGAGUGCUCGAGCAGCAACUCGGUGAUGAAAAGUCGACUCUCGUCAUUGAGUCAAAUCUCCACCAUCCAUCCUUGUCGGGCGUGAUUCAGGGGCACAAAGUCAACGGGGCCUCUCUCUGCCCUUCGUCUCUCUACGCCGAUAUUGCCCUGACUGUUGCCGACUACUUACUACAAGCGGCCAAGACAGAUACGAAAGGGAUCGGAAUGGAUGUGUCCGACAUGACCGUCAACAAGCCUCUAAUUGCCACUGGAAAUGGGCCACAGCUAGUCCGCGCUUCGGCGUCUGCAGACUGGAAUGCCCGACGUGUCUUGAUUGACUUCUAUAGCGUUACUGGCGAUGGCAAUAAGACGGCGAAUCACGCGAAUUGCACCGUCGACUUCGAGAACACCGAUGGUUGGCUGAAGGAAUGGAGGCGCAACGCCUACUUGAUCAGAAGCCGAAUUGACAGCUUGGAGCAAGGUGUCGAGCAAGGACAAGUCAAACGUGGCCUUGCUUACAAGCUCUUCGGCGCUCUUGUUGAUUACGGUCAAUGCUACCAAGGCAUGCAAGAAGUCACACUCGAUAGCGCACAGCUCGAUGCGCUAUGCAAGUACCAGAACUUGUUGGCCUCUGGAAGGAACUGUUUUUCACCAGUUGCUUUUUGGAAAAUCCAUGUAACCAGGCGGAGGAGCUCCUUUACCUGA